AUGCCACAGGAUGCACGUCUCCAGCCUUUCUCGUUCGUUGGAAUCGAAGCCGCGGUGAGGCGCGAGCAGAGGCGGCGGAGCGCGGGGAAGCGCUCGGGCAAACAGGGCGGAUCGCUUACGCGAUUUGUUCUCUUCCUCUUUUUGGGUGCACUCGUGCUAUGCUCAGUGUGCCGCUCCCAAGCCCAGUCUGUUCCCUUCGACCCUGCGCGGGACGUCGGAGCGGACGAGACACUCUCCAACGCAGCAUCCGCGCGGAGUGUGGCACUUCGCUACACCUUCCCCGGCAGCAGUUUGGCGCUUCUAGUGACGGAGAGCGGUUAUCUGCACGCCUAUGAUCUGGAGCGUGGCCACCAUGCGUGGUGCGCCGACGCUGGGGGUGACAUGAUCACCGUGACAAUAGACGUGCCGCCGUCUAAGGAAGCGAUGCUGCGGGAUCCACUAGCGCUUCCGUUUCUUGUGCGUGGCAACAGUCUAUUUACACGCGUUCCGUUCUUCACGUACAGUCAUCUAGACUCCGUGGAUGCAAUUGAGCGGCUCGAAGGGCUACCGCCGUCCCUCCGGUCCUACUUCUUUAUGAACAUCUCAACGCUUCUGAGGCGGCAGACACUCUUUUUGGGUGGCACCGAUGUGUACGUGACGACCUCAGUACAAGUGGCGGAUCUCGACGCAAGUACAGGGCGCCCUGUUGGGGGCCGGGAAACUCCAUCGCAGGCUUUUUGCAGCAGCAACGCCACCAGAAGUCCACCACGCGGCGACUCAACGCCAGCGUCUCACCGCGUCCCGCACAAUGAGCUUCUUCCUCUACUGCACAUUGUCCGCUACAACAUUGUUUUGCACGUGGUGAGGUCAGGCGAGUACAGCUGGUCAAUCUCUCUCUCGCAGCUGCGCAUGUCGCCUCGUGCAGUCAUUCAGUCGAGCUUUCCGUCGCACUUUUCCGCACAUAACCCAGCCGAUACCUCGUCGUCGGUUCCUACGGACGACGACAGCGAGCACACGCCACGCUUCUUCUCGCAGUUUAUGCGCAACAUGUUCGACUACGAUGACGAGCAUGUCGUGAAUGUGGCCUACAGGCGUGCUGCAGAUCAACAGGCCGACCCGAAGCCCGCCGCGCGGACGUCGACGGCGAUGAUGAGCAACUGGCAGCGCACCCAUACUCAGACUGCCGAUUACAUCAGCCGCGUACUCAGUGUACACCAGCUCAAUGCAACUCAUGUCAGUCUUCGAAGCGUCCACGAUGGCAGCACGGCCUGGACAUCGACUUUGCCGCAUGUGGCGCGCGAGCCUUCUGCAGACGAGCCAAGUUCGACGGCGUCAUCCUCGAAUGCAACCUCCACUUUGAUCGCUGCAUAUGUGUGGGUAAGUGGCGCGGAUGAUAUUUUCCGCGUUCCAGUGCUACGCUCGGCCUUCGGCGGCUUGGCAGAAGAGGCGAAACAGCUUCGCAUAUCCAUGGAGGCGGAUGCGAGAGGCGACGCAUUUACAGAUCUGCCGCGGCUCACAUCUGCUUCGCUCGCUGGGGCUCUGGUGCCCACAACGCAUACCGCCGGCGGUAUGCAACUCUUGACAGUUAUGCAAAGCCGUGGUUCAAGGCGUGGUAGCUGUCGCGACAGCGGCGCAUGUGGCGAGUGGACUACCGAUGACAUUGAGGCUGAUGAGCGUGAGGAGACGGAACUCGCCGCGUACUACCAUCAGUGCAGCUGGUGGGAGACGCCGCCUCUUUCCUGGCCGUUGCUGGCGGGGGCAUUCAACGGAGAAAGUGGUGCAGUGACUUUCCAGGCUAUCGACUCAGCGACAUCGUCGAGAACGGUGACGGGCACGAGCGGCGUCUACUCUAGCGAGAACCCACUCUUGGGCUUCGGCAGCUCGGGUGCGGUGAUUAAAACCGGCUUAGCUUGGCGCACCGCCGCCUUUAUCUCUUUUCACGUGCUCUGCCUCGCCGGUUCCAUCGCGUUUUUGUGCGCCGGCGUGCCGCCACGGGGGCAGCUGCAGCGCGCCUGGGCCCAGGCGGACCGCAACCGUGACCGAGUCUCCCAGACGUCCUCCUCUCAUCAACAAUCAACGCAGCUGCUCCCGCAAGACCUCCUCUCCCCGCACGGCGGAAGAGGCACCCCGUUCAACCUCAUACUGGAUUCCUUGUCGAUGGACACCCUUGGUUUGGGCCCUAUACCGACAGCCUCUGCCUCCAUAGCGACUGUGUCGCUUCCCCACUCAGACGACUCACUGCAGGAGCAGAUGCGGCAACACCAGUUCGGGCACCUCAGCAGGUCCCCGCCACACUCGCCGUGUGUGUACCCGACGCCGGAGCAGGUGCGCUCCCUCAAAUAUGAGGAGAGUGAGAAGAUCCUCCCUGUAACCAGUACCCCAGCGACCACAACGACCAAAGGCACCGCAACUUCAUCAAAGGUGGGCUUUGGGAUGACGUCGUCCACAACGCGACAGAAGGUAAAGACGUCUGAGACGUCAGUGAAGAAAGCGGCCGCAUCGUCCUCGAGUCCGGCCGAUUCUUCCGCAGCCGAUAAGCCCGUCGCAUCCGUGUUAAACAGCUCGAGCGACGACGACACGGUUGACAUCGACCUCGGCGAACGCUGGUGGCUGCGUGCACAGUUUUCGCCGCGGCAGCAUGCAAGUGCCCCCGUGCUGGACGAGACGUUCUCUGACCGCGGCAGCAGCUAUAGCCGCUCGCAAGCGAAUACGGGAACGGAGGAGGAGGGCAAGCUGUUCCAGCUGCACUUCAAGGUCCUAGAGAAGAUCGGGUUUGGGGGCGAGGGGUCUGUGUUCUGCGUCGAGCACCGCGUGACACAUGCACGGUACGCCAUCAAGGCGAUUCACAUCCACGAGCAGGACGAGGAGCGAGUGGUGCAAGAGGCCGUCCUGCACAGCUCCUUCGACAACGCUAACGUGGUGCGCUUCUACUUUUGCUGGAUCGAAGAUAUCGCCGUGUCGACCGCCAACCGCCUGGAGCUGUGCCACCACGACGAGGACGGACUCGAUGCAACAUCGCUGGCCUACAGCGACAACUCACUCAUGGUGUCCACAUCCGACAACACAAACGGACACAGGACCGACCACGACACCGCCUCCAAUGCUGGCGACACAUACCACAUGCUCUUCAUUCAGAUGGAGUACUUCCCACGCGGUACGCUAGCAGAUUGGCUGCGUCUCCGCACCGGCUUCUUCCGGCUGGAGGUGCUACGCUACAUGAAGCAAAUCGGCGAAGGCUUGGCGUACUUGCACAACCAGGACGUGGUGCACCAUGACUUGAAACCAACGAACAUCUUCGUCUCCAACGACAACAUUCUCAAGAUCGGCGACUUUGGGCUCGCGAAACGACGCGGCAACGCUAACGGGAACGCUGGUGACUUGGCGUCGAAUGUCGCGGGUGGCCAGCAGGAGAGGUCGGUCGUCGGCGGAAGCCCACUGUACUCGAGCCCAGAGCAGACACGUGGCGAACCGGUGAACAAGCCAUCCGACAUCUUCUCCCUCGGCAUCAUCGCAGUGGAGAUGCUGUGCACCUUUACCACGCUGCACGAGCGCAUUCGCAUCUUGACCGAUGCCCAUCAGCUCAUCUUACCUGAGGAGCUCGAGGCCGAGUUCCCUGACGAAGCGCAGUUGAUCAAGUCUAUGCUGGCGGCAAACCCGCUCCAGCGACCACCAAUACGAAAGCUCCUUCGGCAGAUCAACAAGCUCAUUGUUGCGCUGGAGGCACAAGAGAGCGAUGAAGAGGCCGAGAAGCUGCCGUCACCGACCCCUCUCGACGGCGCCGAGCGCUCGGAGUCGCGUAACGGCAAUUACAAGGCCACCAUCUCUGCUCUCGUCGACGACAGCGCGACAGCCAUGGCAAGCAGGAAGACCGACAACAUACCAUUGAGCACAAGCGUCGCCGCUGCGUCGUCGUCGGGUGGUCGACCGGUUGCCACGGAUCUCGCAAGCAGUGGCCAUGUCGACUCCCUUGUGGAGGUCCAGGAUUCCUUUCCGUCGCCGCUACGGGAGCCGAAGUCGCAUGUGGGUUCGCUGCCCGUCUUCCCCAGUGAAGCCGCCACUGGUACCAGCGUUGCCGAAGCCUCGCCCAUGGCAGUCACAACGUCAGCGCAUGACAGCGACGCCGCUUCUGUGGGAAAGCAUAUACCUAGCCGAGGGGACUCGCUUGCCUCUCUCCACGCCCCAGCGAUGGUGAAGCGUGGUAACACGUACCACCACCGUCGUCGCGGGUCGACCAGCCCGAACAUGGAGGCGGAAAUAAGCCGUCUGCAGAUCUCUGAGAUGGUCGCGCCCGGAUCUGCGUCCCGACAAGAGUUUUUUGCAAAUGACCCCUACGGGCUGCCCACAACCCCGGUAAUGUACACAGAAGACGCUGAUCUGUCCACUAUCCUGAAGCGCGACCUACAGGAUCGUACCGUCUCCGCGCCAGACUGA